UAAAACGUCUGCUUUGUAUCUUCCUUCCCCCCACAAAAAAAAAAAAAAAACGACGCUUACGCCGAACACAUCAUACACAACCGAUUUGUGAAUUAAAGGUGUAAACUCAUCCAAUGUCAUAUAUGUGAAACCAUUACUUUUUAUGUGCAUUGGCAAUAAUAAUGGUAAGCACAACUACAACAACAACAAUAGCUGCUGGACAACCAACGAGUAGCUCAAAUCAUCGUUCACAUCAUCAGCAACAGCAACAACAACAACAGCAGCAGCCAACAGCGGCAGCGGCGACACUAGGCACGACCGCAAAUACAACUGCAACCGCAAACAAUUCCAAUUACCAGAGAUCAGCAACACAGCAACAGCACCAACAACAACAACAACAACAACAGCAGCAGCACACACAAUCGUAUUAUCAUUCAUCAUCGUCAACGACACACAACAACAGCUAUUACAAUUCAUUAGCAUUAAACGGUGUUGGUGGUAGUGUUGGCAGCAUCAGCAACAACAACAACAACAACAGUAGCAACAGUAAUAGCAGCCGAAACAACAGCAACAAAAGCAGAGUUACAACAAAAACCACUGGCGCACCAAGUGCCGGCGGCAACGUAACGGAACAAGAGAGUGUUGUUGUUGUUGGCGACCACAAUACAACACACCACGCGACACGACCUUCACCGGCACGACGCAACGUUGCUGGUGGCAUUAAUACUAUUGACGACAGUCAGCCGAGCAGCAAUAGCAGCAGCGCUACACCCACAACAACAGCAACAGUAACAGCAGCAGCAGCAUCAACAGCGACCAAUAAAUUGACACGGGCAUUGGAGGAGGAAACCGCAAGCGUUGAGCAACAGCAGCCACAAAGUCAUGAAACGACAAGCGACACAAAGUCACCAACAACAACAACAGCUGGAACUGUAAAUUUAUCACAAGCGCUACUCUCCAGCUCGCCACCACUACUAAACGAUCAGAUAUCGUUGUUGUUUCCCAAGUGUAGACCGCGGCAGUUGUCGCCCAACGGCAAUCAGCCACAAGUCAGUCGCAACAGCAGCGCAUCCAGUAAAAGUCAGAGUCAAGAGCACAGCGCGACUUACAAGCAACGCUUGAACACGAGCUUAGAACGCGAUAACUCAUAUAUUGAAUCCACAGAGAGCACACGCACCGCCUCACAGCCGCCGCCAACAGCGCCUCCAGUCAACUACUACAAGAGCGUCAAUAUUAUCACACAGUCGCCGCCACCGCCCUCCACGUCUUCGGUCUCAUCGGAGUCGCUGUCGUCGGUGACGCCACGCAUUUCGACUAAUCCCUUCCUCAGUCACACCGACAACGUGGAGCACGAGAAACCAUUGACGCGCGCCAUCACGCGCACACAGCACAAAUACAGCGAGGAGGAUAAAGUCACAUCGAGCGUACGUCGUGCAACGCACAACGACAAACUUAACGAGGGACAUUACAACAGCGACGUCGUUGAGGACGACGACAACAUCAACGAUUUACAACAUAUAGAGGACGAAGAGCUGCCAGUGCCCACGUAUCCGCCUACGUUCUAUUAUCACACGGAGACCAAGCACUCGCAAGGUCCAACGCGUCAGCGCCAUCAUCAGACCGGUGACAGCAACAACAGUUACGAGAUGCCGCGCAAACGCGCCAGUUAUGGUUCGCACCAUCACCAAACUCAACAGUCGUACGGGCAUUAUGGGAACUCCACAACACAACAACAACAGCAACUGCAGCACAAACAGUCCAACAACCAUAAUGGAUCGAACGGAGCUCCGGGUAACUUGAACCAGAAUCCCUUCAUUAAGGAGAGCAACUACUGGGAUACCGUAAGACAUGUGAAUACAAAUGAAGCGUUGGCCGAAAAUACCGACACGCGCUUGUCCUCACACUACAAUGAGUUGGCCGAUGCGGAGGAGCAACAUGAGAUACCAACGCCUGUGGGUACACAGUCUUCGGGUUACGGUCCAACAGCGACGUCCGGACCAAUGUCAACUGCAGCCCCCAUGAGUUCGGCACGGCGCUCAUAUCACCAACAACAACAGCAACAGCAGCCUUACACAAACUCCGGCUAUAAUAUGCCGACGCGGCAACAACUUAAACAACAACAACACAUCAGUCGUCUUGGACGCAAUGCGUUGGAGCCUGCAGCUGGUGAGCAAUUCAUCGAAUCCACUACCAAACGCAGCUAUCACGCGAAGCAACAACAGAUGCAAAGGCAACAACAACAACAGAAUAGUCUACAAGCCGUGCAGGAUUCUUGUGCGGAGGGUCUCACUCCGUUAGCCAGUCAUUAUCUAUACGGUAGUAAAACAUCGUUAGACCAACAACAGCAGCAACAGCAGCAUGUAAUUAGCGUAAGCGAUAACAGUAUACUCGUAGAACGUGAGAUAAGAGAGCGUGACCGUGAACAGCGGGAACAACGUAAAGCCGCGGCCGCUUAUGGUGAAUGGGAAAGAGAGAGGGAGCGUGAACGCGAAUGGGAGCUUGAAUGUGAGCGAGAACGCGAUAGGGAAAGAGAGCGCGGUAGGGAGAAGGAGAAAGGCAGAGAAAGAGAAAAGGAACGCGAGCGUGACUAUGAAAGGGAACAAGUUCGUUGCAGAGAUCCCUAUGCAGGCGGUUCGCAACACUAUCAAGCGGGGAAACAUCGCAACGCUAUGAAAAAUAUUAAUGUUGGUGAUACAAAUGGACAUAAUGGGGCUGGCAAUGGCGAGAUGGUGGUCUUCGAUGAUAUAACAGAGAGUUGGCAAAACUUGAGAGUAACAACCGACACAAGUGCCCCCACACUUCCACCUGCGUCGAAACGACAACAAUUUCAACAGCAACAACAACAACAACAACACCACAGACAACCCACAUCCUUGACACUGGUGGAUAACAAAGAAGACUAUGCUGAAGAAGACAUCAACGACCAACAUGGCGUUAUAGAGGUAACCGGAAGUCACAAUACAAGCAACAACAACACGUCAAUAAUGUAUAAGGAACAUCCAAAGAGAUACUUGGAUCGAAGUAGUUACACAAUGCGCGCAGUCGAGACGCGCCACGGCAUCAUAGAAUACGAGGGCUCACCGCGACGCAUUGGCGGUCAGGCAGUUGUCAUCGCGCCCACUGCGGUGGAAGAUGAGGUAGAACCGGAGCCUGCAGAGGAAGAAGUUGCAGCAGAAGUGGCAGUAUCAAAUACACAGCAAACGAAUGACCGACAACAGUUGACAAAGACGGCUACAACAACAAACACCACCAAUAAUGGUGGAGGCGGUGGCAGCAGUCAACAUACCAACACAACAACAACCACGCACAAUUCACCACAACAGCAAUAUCCAGCGCGUCCCGGUUUUCCACAGCGUAUUAUUUCACCGCCACGUGAGAGCACUCCACCAAAUAUGUUGCUGAGCCACAGCAACUCUAAACACCAACAGCAGCAGCAACAACCAUCACCGGAUUAUCAGCAACCACAAACGCUGCCACAACGGCAAUCUUCACCGCCCACAACAUGCACUCUGGACAAUAACGCCGAGGAUACGAGCAAUGACGUCUCCGAGAUUGGCACCAUUUCCGAUUUAACCACACCGGAGGCCAUAUCCACAUCGGGUAUACCGACCACGCCCACUUACACCAUCGACUCGCCGGCGGUUAAUGCGUCUAACAACACGGCAAUGCCGCCAAGUGCGAGCAAUGCGGUGUGCAAGCCGUUGACGACGAUCGGUAGCAGCGCCUUCAGCAUACCAACCAAGUCUUCGACGUUCGACUACCUCUAUGAAUUCUCCGAGACGCGUAAAGUGCUCGAAGAGUUCUUCAAGUGUCCAUCGAUGGACGAUCGACCGAUUGAGAAUGGCAGUGAUGUCGAUAGUAUCGACAUCCAAUAUGAAUUCCAUAGCAAUUUGGAUCGUGGUGGUGUUGACGAUGAUGAAAUGGACUCGCCAUCAAAUGUGCAUCUCGAUGCUGAUGAAGAUGAAGACGAUGAAGAGGACGAAGAUGAGGAUGACGAUGAUGAUGAUGGCUUAAUGGGUGUAGAUAUGGAUGGUAUACAGCCACAGCAGCAUCAUCAUCAAUUACAGCAACAACACAACAACCAAAUGCGACAAUUGCAAACAACAAUACAACAACGCAACAAUCAGCGUGAAACACAAAUACAUUUGCAGACAUCGCCAACACCCACACUGUAUCGUCAACAACUAUCGCAACAACAGCAACAGCAACAACAACACGCUCAACAAUAUCUGCAACAGCAGACACCACAACCGCUGCAAACAACACAAGAUGCCAGACAGCGGAAAACUCAAUCACAACGUCAGCAACAACAACAACCGCAACAACCACAACAACUCAAUAACAGUAGCAAUAAUAGCAACAGCAAUAGCAACAAUUACAACAAUUCGACAAAUGUGCAACGGCGCCGCUUUACCGCUAGUCCAUUGAUGCGUGACUUCGACUUCUUCUUGGACUCGGCCAGUCGCAGUAGCGGUGAGCAGUUGGAUCAACAGGAUGGUGUUAAUCAUAAUCAAUUGGAUAAUCCGGGAACUUACCGUUAUUCGCCGGAGACAACGGACUACGAUUCGAAUUGCGGCGAUUUGGAUAGUCUCUCGGGUGAAAUCAAUGGCGUCUCCACAUCUUGUUCGAAUUACACGAAAUACUAUGCCUCCAGCAUGCCGGUACUUGAGGAUGGCUUGUCGUCGGGUCAUACUUCCGAUACGGAGAACCAAAAUAAUCUCAACAACAAUUUGCAGCAGCCGAGUGCCGCGAUACAUCACAACCCCAUCGGUAGUGGUGGCAUAUCGAUGCUGAUGGACAUGAAACGUUUGUCCACCAACAACAGUAUAAACAGCAUGAAUAAUCUCACCAUCUCGACAACCGAUGGCGGUGGUGGUGGUGUUGGCGGCGAACCGCGCAACAACUCAAUAUCGUCGAAUAUUAUACACGACACGGCGUAUUUGCGUAAAAACGAUAGUCCCACUUCGGCGCUGGGCAUGCACGAGGAUUCCGGACGCGAUUCGGUGCGCUCGAGCACGAAGCGCGAUGGACGUGAGCGCGAAUUGCUUGGACAGAGUCCAACCAGUAACAGCAAUAAUAAAGUAUUCAAGAAUAUCGAUCCAGAGUUGGACUCACUGUACUCCAUAAGUAUUUUCCAUCGUCCCGAUAUGGUGCAGAUGACGCCACCACCGCCGGCACCCGCACCACAUCGCAAACCGAACAUACUCAGUCCGGAGCCGGAGAUCUUACAGCCGACGCCCUACAAGGACAACAACUCGCACGCAGCGCCAACAACCGGCGCCACUUCGCCCAUCACUGCACUCGGCUCAGCGAUCGGCUCCAACAGUGGCAGUGGCGUCACAUCGGUGGCCUCGGCUAUCAGCUCAACACUCAACCGCAACAAACUACACAACACACAACAUCAGAGCGGCAGCAGCAGCAAUGCACCGUCGGUGCUGAGCAAUACGCUACGCGCCACGAAUCCAUCGCACACGCAAACGCAACUGCUACCAACCACACAAACGUCGUUGCCAUCAACACUGUCACAAUCGCAAACGCAAACGCAAUCACAACCGCCACCACCACCCAUACCCGAACGCAGCAUGCCGCGUACGCCUUCGCCUGUGAUGAACUCGCCCGUUUGGCUGCCACGCCAUUUGGAUAAUAGCGCCAACAAGAGUCUGCUCGCCACCUCGCCGGGACAUCAUUCGAAGAAUUUGAGCGCCGACGAAGAUGACGUGGACACCGAUCUCGAAACGGAUCGCCUGCUCGGCCAUCAACGCCUCGACGAUCAGGGUUACUACGAUGAGAACAAGUCGUGGGAGUCGCGCAAACCACGCUCCUCACUACUCUCGAAAAUCUCGCCCAAACAAAUGGCGAGCACCAAGACACGCAACGGCUACAAUGCCUUGCUAUCGACCAUGCCCGAAAUCCCACCGCCAAUACCACCGAAGAAUUCUACAAGUAAACUGCUCGACAUUGAUGGGUCCUUGUCAUCGUCGGAGCACAGCGAUAAGUCGCCCAUCAAAUCCAUCGAUGUACAGGAUUGCGUUGUGGGUAUGGGCAGUCCGGGCGGCUCCGACGGGUCGGCCUGCAUCAGCGGCAACUCGAAGAAGGAGCUCGAUUUGUCGACACUCAACUCGAAUGGCUUGGCCAACAGCGGCGGCAGCAACAGUGGCAGCGGCAGCGGUAGUGGUAGCGGUACUGGUAGUGGUGGUGUUGGUGGUGGCCUCGGUCUCAUCGGCAACACCAGCAAUGCGAAUGGCAGUGUUGGCGGCAACGGUGGCAGUGCCAAUGGCAGCGGUGUCGGUGUGGGUGUCACUGGCAGUGGUGGCGGCGGUGGUGGUCACAGCAGCUCGGCCGGCUCGAAUAGCACCAGUGGCGAGAAAAAAGUCAAAAAGAGUAAGAACAAAGAAGGUGGCGCAGUGCUUAUCGAGGGUGUACUCUUCCGCGCCAAGUAUCUCGGCUCCACGCAGCUCGUUUGUGAGGGCCAACCCACGAAGUCUACGCGCAUGAUGCAAGCUGAAGAGGCGGUCUCACGCAUUAAGGCACCCGACGGCGAUGUACAGCCCAGCACCGAGGUGGAUCUCUUCAUAUCAACCGAGAAGAUAAUGGUACUCAACACCGAUCUCAAAGAGAUCAUGAUGGAUCAUGCGUUGCGCACCAUCUCCUACAUAGCGGACAUUGGUGAUCUGGUGGUGUUGAUGGCGCGACGUCGUUUCGUGCCGCAGGACAUUGACGAUGCGCCCAAACCGAAUCGUACACCCAAAAUGAUCUGUCACGUCUUCGAGAGUGAUGAGGCGCAAUUUAUCGCACAAUCAAUUGGACAGGCCUUCCAGGUGGCCUACAUGGAGUUCCUGAAAGCGAACGGAAUUGAGGAUCACAGCUUUGUCAAAGAGAUGGACUACCAGGAGGUGCUCAACAGUCAGGAGAUCUUCGGCGACGAACUGGAGAUAUUCGCCAAGAAGGAACUGCAAAAGGAGGUCGUCGUACCGAAGGCUAAAGGCGAAAUCUUGGGUGUAGUCAUUGUGGAGAGCGGUUGGGGUUCUAUGCUGCCCACCGUGGUCAUAGCGAAUCUCAUGUCGUCCGGCGCUGCGGCGCGUUGCGGUCAAUUGAAUAUUGGCGAUCAGUUAAUAGCCAUUAAUGGCCUGAGUUUGGUGGGACUGCCGCUGUCCACGUGUCAGACGUACAUAAAGAAUACGAAAAAUCAAACUGUGGUGAAAUUCACAGUGGUGCCGUGCGCACCCGUGGUCGAGGUGAAGAUCAAGCGUCCCAACACCAAAUACCAAUUGGGUUUCAGCGUGCAAAAUGGUGUGAUUUGCAGUUUGCUGCGUGGCGGCAUCGCUGAGCGUGGUGGUGUGCGCGUCGGCCAUCGGAUUAUUGAAAUCAAUAAUCAAAGUGUGGUCGCGGUGCCACAUGAGAAGAUCGUCAAUUUGCUGGCGACGUCAGUGGGCGAGAUUCUAAUGAAAACAAUGCCGACAUCAAUGUUCCGAUUACUUACCGGCCAGGAGAAUCCAAUUUAUAUUUAAGGCAAACGUUUUUUUAAUAAAAAAUAAAUAAAUAAAUAGUAGAUAAUAGAGAUAAAAGUAAAUAUUAUAAAACUGGCUAAAAUAUAUAUUUACUAUGCUGAUGAAACCAAAAAAAAAAAAAAACUAUUGAAAAUACAUAAACAAAUAAACAUAUAAAAAUAUAAAAUUAGUUGCAAGUCACUUCUAGCAGUUUAAGCGAAACUUCACACCUGUAUUUCCAAAGAAAAAAGCUAGUAAGCAUAAUUAAAAAAAUAAAAAAUAAAGAGAAACCCCAAUAAAAAAACCAAAAAAAAAAAAUUAAAAAGAAAAAAUAAGUUUAUAAAUUGUAAAUUGCAGUUGGUUAACUAUGCUAAAAGAAUAAUAAAAAAACUGUAGCAAAUGAAAUUAAAUGUUCAUUAGAAGCGUAUAACUAAACAAACAUAGAUACAUACUUGCAUAUACAAAACACAUAUAAAAUAUAAA